AUGCCGCUGAUCAUGCCGAAGGACGAACUCAUCAGUGAUUUGAACAACGAUAACCCAGUGGUGGGCCUCAAAGGCACGCUCAGCUUGAAAGGUCGAUUCAAGGACAGGCUCAGCCGUCUGCUGGGACGAGCCAUCUCCUUGUCUGAUGCAGACAGUUCUCAACCCCUCCACAUCUACGUUGGCUCAAAGAGUCGCUCCAGUGCAUCGAAUACGAUGCACGACGGUCAGGUUCGCAAGUUCAGUCCGCAAAAAGAGGAGGCUUCACAAGAUCAAUGGGAUUUAAUCCUUGUUCAUGUGCCUACAAAAAUUCACAAUACGAUCAUGCGUCUUCGAGAAGUAUUCAACAACUACAGGAGCAAAUUUGAUACCAUGAUCACUCAGAUAAUGGGCCUCGAUGAUGUCGAUGGAUACGGCUCCUCGCUUGACACCGACCUCGGCGACCUCAUCAUCUUACUGCAGCAACUAGCUAACAGCUAA